AUGGCUGGACCCGACUACGGUGCUCUUGGAGCAACGUUCAAGAUUGUCCGCUUGCUUCAAGUAAUUAGUCUCCUCGGCUGCAUUGGCAUGGCUGCGAACUUCAUCUCGGAAAUGGUCUCGCAAAACAACUCUCCGUCAGAGGAACUUGUCGGCACCCUCAGCGUGACUUGCAUCGCGAUCCUCUACUGCGCAAUCACUGUCAUCCUGCACAUUGACAACAUCCUUCCAUACCUUAUCAACACUGGUAUGGAUGGUCUGAUGCUCAUCGCCUUAUCUGUUGUCGCUAUCGUCGUUGGCAAGCCCCUUUCGUAUCUGAAUUGCCAAGUCGUCGGCACCUCCAGUGUCGCUGAAUCGGCAUCUCAGCUGAGCUCCCAGGUCAAAGACACUUUCAACAAGCAAGGUGGAAAGGUUGUGUACAGCAACUGGAUUGGUGCGAGCAAGACCACAUGCUAUGAGAUGAAAGCUGUCUGGGGCUUAAGCAUUGCUCUUUGCAUCCUUUUCGCCUUCUCCGCCAUGUGCAGCGUAUGCCUCUGGCGUCGUAGUAAGACCGUCCCUCCUAAGGAUAUGGCUUAA